AAAAACGCGAUAAUUGCAGAUGAACAUAAAAGCUAGUGGUCAUCCCGUCUAGUUUGUGUUUCUCAUCUCAAACUCUCAAGUCUCUUGCAUUCAUCCAAUUCAUCAAACACUCUUCACCACCACUUUACACUAACAAACUCAACAACACACCUUUGAGACAUUUUCAAAAUGCCUUCUGAGUCUUCCACUGACACCAAAAUGCCCGGCGUCCGAUGCCCCAAGUGCAGUACGGCUGAGAAGGACGUUUGGGUCAUUCCUGGCCGCUCCUGCCCAUAUUGCAGUACCGUGAUUAAUGUCUUUCCAAACUUGACGGUCUCGGCUUUCGGCAUGAUCGCGAUAGGACCUCGAAUGCGUGGCCGUGGUUCGGCUUCCGCUCUUGGCAAGUAG